CUCCUCCCUCCAUUUACCCUUCUCCUUCGUCCCUCUUGAUCCGAUGCCUCUGUGAAUGCACCCCACCUAGCAUCUCGUAAUUCUCCUUUAGCUCAUUAAUUCCACUUUUUUUUUUUGGCUUUUUCGCUCGCUAUUCUCUUUUGUCCAUUUGUCCAUCAAUUCAAUGUCUGUUGAAGUCAGUCUUUACCACUUAUCUCUAUGACACCACUAUCGCUCUACCACUAUUGCGCACAACCGUCACACUCCAGCAUCCGAUAAACUACUCUCUAUCUGAGCUGCUGCUACGAAUUGAACACUUUGGAAAGGAAUGAACCUAUCCGCUAUAUAACAUCUGCCUAUCACGAUCGCAAUAAUCUAUCAUAAUGAUCCUCUCACUCAGCCGCCCGGUCACUCUCGUCCUCUCUACGCUUCUCCUCCUCAACUUCUACCUCUUCCACCGCGUGCUCCACCAGCCUACUGUAACCAGUACCUUCGCGAUCAAUACCACCCCAGCCCAGCAGCAGCAGCAGCAGCAGCAGCAACAACAACAACAGGAACAGCAGCAACAAGCGUUCUUGUCGCCUACGCCCACUCCGACCCCCGAGCCUACCACCGCAGUUCAACCCACCUGGACGACACUCCCGAUCUCGGCAGCAACCGCAACCCCAACUCCAACUCCUACCGCAUUUCCUCUGAAGCUCUGGCAAAAGUCCGGACCUAAGGGCAUCUCCCCCGAUCUCCAAACCUAUAUCCAAUCCUGGCAUGCCCUCAACCCGGCCCUUCGCCACGAAAUCCUGUCCGACGACAGCGCGCUCGCCUACGUUGAAGAGACCUUCCGCAAGAACUGGCCUGAGGUUGCGGAUCUUUACCAGCAGAUUCAGGUUCCCAUCAUCCGCGCCGAUCUCCUCCGCUUGCUAAUUCUGUACGCCGACGGAGGCGUUUGGAGUGACCUCGAUGUGACCUGCGAGGUGCCCAUCGAGGAAUGGAUCCCCAAGGAUCUCGUACUGGGCGACGGGAGCCUCCUCACGAAGGAGCGGGUCAAUGUCGUGGUUGGCCUGGAGUUCGACGGGUGGCAGUUCGCCAGCUGGACGCUGAUGGCCAAACCUGGAUUGGACCACUUCGAGGCGGCGAUUGAGUACGUGAUGCACCAGAUGGAAGGGAUUGCGCAUUCGCACAAUGUGUCUCUCUCCGGGGUGACGAUGGAUAUGAUUCCCGAUGUCGUGGAUGCGAGUGGCCCGCAGGCCAUUACCGUGGCUCUGCUCCGGAGCUUAUCGCACACGCUGGGGCAGACCGUGGAUCGUGCCAAUAUCACCGGCUUGCAUGAGCCUAGGCUGCUCGGCGAUGUGCUGGUCUUGCCGCAGGCGGCAUAUGCAGCAUUGCAGGGCGGUCAUCCCCAGGACCAGGGUCCGUACCUUGUCUCUCACCAUUAUGCCGGAUCCUGGAAGAAUGUCCAAGGUGGGGAACGACGGCGCUAGUCCCGGUUGGCUAUACUUUUUCUUUUUGCCCAUUUUCUUGGUUAUAUUCGAUGUAUAUAUGUAUAUUAUAUAUAUUUUCUUUUUCUUUGGUA